UAUGCUAUUUAACGCUUUCGACGCCCCUCAUCUUCCAUUCGAGCUGCUUUUUGUUAUCGCGAGAUUUAUCAUUUUAUCCCUCUCCGAAUUUGACUCUUCUAUCUCCGAGAGGCCGAGAUCCAAAGUUUUGUUACGAUCGGAAUUGAAUUAGAGUAUCGGAUUGAGCGUUGCAACGAUCUCGAUUGCAAUUUGUUGGUAGCGGGGCGGGUCGGGGAUUUGAACAUAAUUAAUCUAAUAUUCUAAUCUGAGAAUUAAAAUGGUUAAUGGUGAGAAGAAACAAUCGUUGAACGAUCGGGAGAUGGAUGGUGUUGAGGAUUCUAUCGGUGGUCACGCAAUUGAAGGGACCGAGACGGGCGGUACUGCGACGGAAGGUGGAGUUAGCCGAGGGAGCUCGGGGCUUGUGGAGAGGUUGACGGAGAUCCUGGUGGAGGACGGCGAUGGAGAUCUAUUGCUUCAACGGAGCGAUCGAGAAGGCAGUGUUUUUCAGUGGCUUCAGGCUCUGGAUAUGCAGGUGAUGGGCGCGUGUCGAGCCGAUGAGAGGCUGAAGCCUUUGUUGAAGAUGAAUGUCUCCACCGGUGCCGCGGAGGAUUGCUUACUCGCUUAUCUCAGUCAGCACUUUGAUCCGGCAGAGGUUGGUAUCCUGGCCAGAUGCUUGUGCAUUCCUCUGGUUUCAGUGCGUGUUGGAAAGAUCAAGAAGCAAGGAACACAAUUGUGCCCAACUCCUAUAAGGGGAAGCUUAAGUCUCUCUCUUUUGCCGGCUUCUGACCUGCGCAUCUCAUUUAUUGGGGAUGAUGGUAGAACAGAUAGGCUGGCAACACUCUGUAGCAUAUUGGACUGUUCCACUGUUGAAAUUGAAGGAAUUUCAGCAGACCAGUCUGGACGUUCUUUUCUGAUUAAAAUCCCAGAUGGUGAAAUUUUUUAUUUCUGGUGCUCAGAGAAGUCUAAGCUUCUUGGAGAUGAGAUGUUAAGAAAGAUGAAGGAUAUACUCAAAACGAAACCAUCUCUUGGUGAGCUAACAGGAAUCCGUGAAUCACGGCUAAAGUGUUUUGCGAUUCAUCUUCGUGCUCAUCUUGUUGGGUCAACUCUUACCAAUGGUCACACAAAUUCAAUGCUGUCAACAACCCCCCCGUUUGAUUCCUCUGUUGAUUCUUCCACAUCUGGUCCAAGUGCACAACCUUCAGCAUCUUCUCAGAAGUCCAUUCGGUCUCGUCAUUACAGCAGUCAAGGUUCAAAGACAAGUCAAUUCCAUCAGGGUGGCCUGAGUCCCAGGUCCAGUUCCUUCAAGGAGAGCUUGCUAAAGAACUCAUCCUCAUUGAGGAAUGUUGCUAGAGACAAGCUCAGGAGGCGUGGGGAUAGUGCUGCUUCUUCUGUUGAUGAUGGUUGCAUUGUUCGGUCACUGAGUAUGAAAAAUCCAUCUACUUCAACAUGCUUAAAUGACAAACCUUCAGAAGAAACUGUACUUAAGUUGUUACGGCCAACAAAUGUUUUGGAGUCGCUUGCUGCUGAUGCUCCCUUUCUUGGCCCAGCACCCGUUGUUCCUUCUUUGGAUUCUACUCUUUUAUCUCCUUACUAUUGUUGGUGUCCUCCUGUGUCAGCUUUGCAAUACUCAAUGGGAACUCCACAGCUUCCAAAUGUAUCUACUGAAGCUCUUUCUCUACCGCCAUUUUCUUCUUUAUCAACAGCAAAGCCAUCAGUGCUUUUGGCGCCCAAGCAACCUUUUAAUUUGGCUGAUGUUUCCCCUUUAGAUUUGCCACCUCUUCUACCUGAUCCAUUGGUCAGGUUGCCAUUAACUUUGCCAGUCUCGCAGCAGAUACCAACCUUCACUCCUUUAAUUUGCGAUCCUAUAGUCCACAUUCCAUUUAUUGAUGUUUGUUCUUCAGGGCAAGGCUACUUGGUGAGUGCAGGCCCAGGUAUGUCAACUGGCAUUCCCCCAUUGCACCCAAAUCUUGUGAGCCCAUUAAUUCCCGAGGCCGAGUCUGUGGUAGAAAAGAGUGCCAGAGAGACGCUUCGUAUGCUCAUGAAUAGCUCCAAUCAACCCAAUGCACCAUUGAUGAGUGUUCUGCCAUCUUUUCUGCCUAGCAGUGAAGAGAAGCUGAGCGUGUUAGGUGGUGGAAGCAGGGGCCUCUACAGUGGAACCAUAGACAUAGAUGUUACCACAGUAUCCGUAGCCAAAAUCAGCAAAAGGGACAUUGGAGAAAAGCAUUUUGUUGAGGCGACAGAAAUGCCAUCUAACUCAGAUGGCACUAUGUUUGGCGAUGAUGGUUUUUCACAUUCAGGAGAUGGAAAGAGCAGCGCAUGAUUUGUUGUCUUUCUAGUACUUUGUAGAUUCAAAGCUUUUUGUUAGAACUGUACAGUCGACUCUCUCAACCAUAAGCAAUUAUUUUCUGCUUUUAUUACUACAUAUAUUCUUGUUGCCAGCCAACAAAUUCAAUAGGGAAA